AGGGUCUUCACCCCUCUAGCCAUCUUCACUGACCUGGAAGAUCUGGGGUUGAACUGAUGACUUCUAGCCGCCCCCGAGGCUCUGAGGACUGAGACUUUAAACUGGGGUUAGCAGCCUGUGCCAGGCCCCACUGAAUUCACUGGUGGAGGCAUCCACCCACAGCCUAGCCUACAGGCCCUCGCUUGAUUCUGGGGUGUCGUGCCGAAGGGCACGAGGAGAAGCCAUGCCAGGCAGUGGCCCCAGUGAGAGGAUGACAUGGCCCGGCCCUGCCCUCCCUACGCCCCCCACAACCCGCCCUCUCUCCUCAGCCCCGGGAACACCGUCUAUCCCACCGCUAACCAGGACCCGCAGCCUCAUGGCCAUGUCCCUGCCAGGAAGUAGACGCGCCUCUGCCGGAUCUCGCAGCGGGGGUGCUUUAGGCCGCAGCGGCCUGGCAGUGUUCGCCCAGUGCCCACAGCUGCCCGCCAGCCAGCCUGAGCAGCUGCCUCUUCUCCCUGCCUCCAGGCGCACCUCUCCACCUGUGAGUGUGCGGGACGCCUACGGCACUUCCUCCCUCAGCAGCAGCAGCAACUCUGGCUCCUGCAAGGGCAGUGACAGCAGCCCCACACCGAGGCGCUCCAUGAAGUACACACUAUGCAGCGACAAUCACGGCAUCAAACCUCCCACCCCGGAGCAGUACCUGACGCCACUGCAGCAAAAGGAGGUUUGCAUCAGGCACCUGAGGGCCCGGCUCAAGGACACACAGGACCGGCUCCAGGACCGGGACACAGAGAUCGAUGACCUGAAGACGCAGCUGUCCCGCAUGCAGGAGGACUGGAUUGAGGAGGAGUGCCACCGCGUAGAAGCCCAGCUGGCUCUGAAAGAGGCCCGCAAGGAGAUCAGGCAGCUCAAGCAGGUCAUCGAUACUGUCAAGAACAACCUGAUAGGCAAGGACACGGGACUACAGAAGUACUUUGUGGACAUUAACAUCCAGAACAAGAAGCUAGAGACUCUGCUGCACAGCAUGGAGGUGGCCCAGAACGGGAUAGCCAAGGAGGAAGGAACCGGGGAGUCCGCUGGUGGGUCCCCUGCACGCUCCCUCACCCGAAGCUCCACCUACACUAAGCUGAGUGACCCAGCCGUUUGCGGGGACCGCCAGCCAGGGGAUCCCUCCACCGCCUCUGCUGAAGACGGAGCUGAGAGUGGAUUCGUGGCUGCCGACGACACAUUGAGUCGGACGGACGCCCUGGAAGCCAGUAGCCUGCUGUCAUCAGGAGUGGACUGUGGCUUUGAGGAAGCCUCACUGCACAGCUCCUUCAACCUGGGGCCCCGCUUCCCUGCCAGCAACACCUAUGAGAAGCUCCUGUGUGGCAUGGAGGCUGCUGUGCAGGCCAGCUGCAUGCAGGAGAGAGCCAUCCAGACAGACUUUGUGCAGAACCAGCCUGACCUCAACACCAUCCUAGAGAAAGUGGGCCAGGCUCAGGGGUGUGGUUCAGUCCCCAAGGACAGGCACUCAGAGCUGGAUCGCCACCCCUCAGGGCCCAGAGACCCCAACUCAGCAGUGGUGGUGACAGUAGGUGACGAGCUUGAGGCCCCAGAGCCCGUCACCUGUGGGCCAGCUACACACCAGCCUGCAGCCAACUCUAACCUGGGACUGCCAGUGAGUGUGGUGUGUCCCGUGGAAGAGGAGCAGGAGGCAGCUACCACCACCGAAAAGGAACCCAAGAGUUACUGGAGCCGCCACUACAUCGUGGAUCUGCUGGCUGUGGUUGUGCCAGCUGUGCCAACGGUGGCCUGGCUCUGCCGCUCCCAGCGGCGUCAGGGCCAGCCCAUUUACAACAUCAGCUCCCUGCUGAGGGGCUGCUGCACGGUGGCCUUGCACUCCAUCCGUAGAAUCAGCUGCCGCUCACUGAGCCAGCCAAGCUCCAGCUCAGCAGGUGGCUCCCAGCUCUGAGGAGGCUGCGGGGCUCUCCACUCUCGGCAGCCUGACCAUUGAUUGUAGGAUGCCGUUUGC